AUGGAAACAAACAAUGACAGUGGCCAGUCCGGCGGCUUGCUCGACGCCCUUGAGCACUUGGAAGCCGUUGCUCAUGUGCCCGUCAAGCAAAGAUACACUGACGCUGCUCAGCUUGCCAAGACGAUUGCAUCAGACGCGUAUGAGAAUGGCAUUCCGCAAGACGCGCUGGGCCGUUUGCUGAAGGUUCUCACGGCAAAAAACAACCUCGAUCAGGGAACUAUCACGCCUCUGAUCAAGAACCUCUAUCCACAAGAGCGCAUUGCCUCCAAGCAUGUCACGCAAGUCGUGUGCUGUCUGGGGCCUAGCAAGUCCAAGCCAAGCCCCGCUACGCAGGCUCUGCUCGUCCGCUGGCUGAUCAUGACCUAUGAUCUCCUUGAAGACCGGACACACCUCGGCAAGCUUUAUGCAGUGCUUUUUAACCACCUGGACAUGAUCAGCCUGCGGAAGCCACUUUGCCACCUUCUUUCCCUGAUCACUCGACGAAAGCAUGUCAAGCCCUUCCGCAUCCAGGCUCUGAUGGAACUGAUCCAAACUGCGGGUGGGGAAGAGAAAGAACUUAUGAGCUUGCUAAAGAUUUUCAAGAACUACUAUCCCGAGAUUAUCAUUGGAGAUCUCGGUGGCUCGAGAAGGAUGACUCUAUUCUUCAAACACCCCGACCCUGAAUGGUCGACCCAUGCAAAGUUGCUACAAGACCAGAAUAUGGAGCGGGUGCAAGCAGCGCAACAAUCAAGUUAUCAAGUCUUGCACCGGGGCAUGGUAAAACGCAGCAGGAUUGAGGUAAUCAUUCCGGUUCUGCAAACCUCUCGAGUCUCAAACAAGCACACGUCUCUUGAAGAGAUUCGAGAUAUUGAGCAUUUUGUGGACAAGCUCGACACAGUUGAGCUGCCGAAUCAGAUAAUCUCUACCCUUGGCGAUGCAAUGGCACAGAAAUACCUCCAUUUGGUUCAGUCCGAGGCCGCAAAUGAUCGUCUUGAUGAGUGGCUGAAAGGCUUCUUGGCAGAUAAGUUGGAGCAGAUUCGGGAAGACGAUGAUGACGAGCCAGAAAUUCUGUCGUUUGUUCUGGGCUUCCUUGAGGGAUAUACGUCGUUCACCAAGGCACUUUUACCAUCCGUUCGAGCUUUCCUGGAGUCGUAUCUCUCGAUAUGGAAUGGUCAGGAAAAUCGCGACCAAAUCCUCCGACUACUUCAGUAUCUUCCGAUUGAACCCUACGAGGGGCUUCGAGAAACAUUUUUCGGCCCACUGGAGCAUGCCAUGCUGGACAGCGCGAUUAGCUCUAGAAUAGAGCUACUUAACUUCUACUCUGCAUUGAUCACCGAAUGGGGCGUCAGACUUCGAACUCAACCCUCGGUCUCCGAAGAAUCAUUCCCUUCGAGCAAAGUCAUCAAACAUGCAGAGCUCUUAGCAUCUUCACUUCAAGAGCUUGCCCCGACUACUGUUGGUAGUGACAAAAGUGCCACGCCGAUCGUUCUAUCGGUCCUCCAGUUCUAUAAAUCUCUUGCGGGCUUGUUUUCCCAUGCAUCUGGCAACGCUAAUAUCCGGUUGACUGUUCCAAUCGCCCCGACGGUAUAUUCUAUCGCAUUCACGCCUACCGUGUCCGUCAUCUCAGGGCUCAACUCAAUUCUAGCCGGCUACAAGUCUUCGUUCGAGGCCUCUCUAGCGUCCAACGUCAUCAAGCCACCAGACGCGCCUGAGCCACUGUAUAGGACAGAACUGGUGAACCAAUUCAAUGGCUACGUCAUGGACAUGUGCAACCUGGUCUGGCGCAAUCGCGCUCUCAACACAGAGGACCCGAAUGCGCAAGGUUGCUUGGUACCGGCAUCUAGCACCACUGCUCUGACAGCAUACGUCCGCAAUGUGAACGAGGCUGCUCGGCACUAUGAUCGUGAGAGUGCAUUCCACCUAAGUUUAGCCUCAAUAUUCUCUCUGAGCCACCACGCCGCGUUUGCCAAUCUGUCAGCCGCAUGCUUUGCUGAAAUAGAGGAAAGCCAGAACGUUGCAGAUCAUCGCCCGAAGCUGCGCAAGCCAGUGACACAAAAGGCAUUACAGGCCCUUGAGAAGGACGGUGGUGCUAAAAUCACAUGGCAGGAAUACCGGGUUCACAUGUUGGAUUGGUUAGAGGCAGUGGGGAGCCGGGGAACGAGCGAUUUGAUGAGGAGUACCAUGAAGGCUCUACGGAAGGAAUGA